AUGCCUGGAUACCAGUCUUUCCCGGUACUUAACCAGCAAUUCAUCGUUGACCGAAAGUACCAAUUCAUCCGUGAGAUGGGCCAAGGUGCCUAUGGUGUUGUCUGUGCUGCCAAAGACACAAGUAAUGAUGAGCAAGUUGCCAUCAAGAAAGUCUGCCGUAUCUUUGAAAAAAAUAUUCUUGCCAAACGUGCUUUACGUGAAGUCAAACUUCUCAAACAUUUCAACGGUCAUGAAAAUAUCACAUCUAUUAUUGACAUGGACAUUGUCAACCUUCAAGACUUCAAUGAACUGUACCUUGUACAGGAACUUAUGGAAGCUGACCUGCAUCAGAUCAUUCGUUCUGGACAACCUUUGACAGACGCCCAUUUCCAAUACUUUGUCUAUCAGAUCUGCAGAGGUCUCAAAUAUAUCCACAGUGCAAAUGUCUUGCACAGAGACUUGAAGCCAGGAAAUCUCUUGGUGAAUGCUGAUUGUGAACUAAAGAUUUGCGAUUUUGGCCUUGCACGCGGCUAUUCCGACAACCCAGAGAGCAGUGCUGGAUUUAUGACUGAAUAUGUCGCAACAAGAUGGUAUCGAGCACCAGAGAUUAUGUUAAGUUUCCAAAACUACACAAAAGCCAUUGAUAUGUGGUCCGUUGGCUGUAUUUUUGCUGAGAUGCUCGGAGGAAAACCUCUUUUUAAAGGGCGUGAUUACGUUGAUCAGUUGAACCAGAUUCUUGGUAUUCUUGGUACACCCGACGAAGAGACUUUGAGACGAGUUGGAAGUGACAGGGCUCAAGUUUAUAUCCGCAGUCUGCCACGUAUGCCGAGAAUUCCUUUCCAAAACCUUUACCCCAGAGCAAAUGCUCUGGCCAUUGAUCUCUUAAACAAACUUUUGGAGUUUGAUCCUUCGAGACGUAUCACAGUUGAAGAAGCUCUGGCUCAUCCUUACUUGAGUGCAUACCACGAUGAAGAUGACGAGCCAUCACACAAUCACACAUUCGACUUUUCAUUUGAAGUUGUGGACUCUAUUGUUGACAUGCGAAGAAUGAUUGCACAAGAAGUCAUGUCAUUCAAGGCCUCCCACCAGACUACAUUGCAACCACCUGUCAACACUGGAGCUGGUUUACGACGAAAGGAGAGGUUAGUUGACCAAUUGAUUGGAUAG